CACUGACAUCAGGACCCAACCUCUUCCCCAUGUUUUCAACAUCGCAAAGGCCGUCGUCAUUAUUGACAAGCAAGGUCCUCAAUACCUAGUCGCUCUCGUCAGUCGAUGUGAAUUCAAACUUCCUUGUGGCGCCGAGGAACCUUCACUGUUCUCGGAAAUAUAUUGCGAUCAUGUUGUCCCGGCUCGAGAAGCGAGCUUCGUCUCGAUUAUCACAAUUAUCACGGCAGGUUUCCGGCCAGGCGAGAACAAUGGCAGGGUAUAGCAAAACCAAAUUCCAGCUGAACACCGGCGCAGAAAUUCCAGCCAUUGGGUUUGGGACGUGGCAGGACAAAGAGGCUCAGGAGGAUGCCGUGUAUGAGGCAUUGAAGGUCGGAUACAGACACAUUGAUACGGCGAGAAUAUACGGCACCGAGCCUGGCGUUGCCAAAGGCAUCAAGAAGAGCGGUGUGCCUCGGAGUGACAUCUUCAUCACUACAAAGCUAUGGAACAACUCCCACCAUCCCGAUGACGUUGAGAAGGCUUGCGAUGCUUCAUUGAAAGACCUUCAGACCGACUAUCUCGACCUAUACCUCAUGCAUUGGCCAAGCCCUUUCGCUCGGGGAGACAAACUCAUGCCAAAGAAGGACGACAAGAUCCAAACGGGCGACACCGACUACGUCGAUACCUAUAAGGCUAUCGAGAAGCUCGUGGCAAACGGCAAAUGCAAGGCCAUUGGCGUCAGUAACUUUUCCAAGGCCGAAAUGGAACGGCUCAUCAAGGAAACGUCCAUCGUCCCUGCAGCUCAUCAAAUGGAACUGCAUCCCUACCUGCAACAGCCCAGCUUUAUUGAAUGGCACAGAUCGAAAGGCAUCCAUGUCACACAAUACUCACCGUUCGGUAAUGCCAACCCUGUCUAUGACAAGGGCCAGAAUAUUGGAAAAAUGAUCGACGACCCUCUUCUCACCGACAUUGGAAGAAAAUAUGGCAAGAACGGCGCGCAAGUAGCUCUGGCAUGGGGCAUUGCCAAGGGUAACAGCGUGAUUCCAAAGUCGAAGACUCCUUCACGCAUUCAGGCGAACUUCGAGGGCGACUUCAAGUUGGAUGCCGAGGAUGUGCAGAAGAUUGACACGCUUGACAGAAAGUUGAGGUUCAACGAUCCUUCGCAGAAUUUCGGCUGGAAUUUCUACGCUGAUUUGGAUGGCAAGCAAAAAUAAAUUUGCAAAGGGUCUGCUGUAAGACUAACUAGGAUGCUGAGUUAAUGCUCCUUCUUGGAUUAUGAGGAACAAGUAGAACUUGGUUUUGGCUGUCGUACAGGCGCGUGAGACGAUACCUGAUUGUCAUAUCCUACUACCCAAGUACAUAGAUGGCAAUGACACUCUCGAC